AAAUAGAAGACCAGAACGGCGUGAGCACGGGCUCUUUGUUAACUGUGGUUAAAAAAAAAAAGAAAAGGAAAGAAAAUGUCUGGAAAGCUUUGGCGUUUUAGCUGUUGUCAAAAAAGAAAAGAUCGAGGCCAACAUUUGUCAAAAACAAAACAAAAAGGCAAAGAAAUUAAUGUCCAGUCGCUGCAGCAGAGGACAGACGGUAUUGAUAUCGCACAUGUCAACGAUUUUCAAAGUGGUGAACUUCCAGAGAGGACAAUUAAAGAGUUUCUGAGCAGUACACAAGUCGAACAGAUACAAAAAACCGUCAUCGAAGACCAGGGAGAUUACGCACACGAUCAAAACGUCAGCAUAGGAGUGACUUUGAGCGGGUUUCAACAAAAAGGCUGUGUUGACGAGGUUGGUGGCUCGGUGGUCCCACUAUCAAAACGGGAGAGGGACAACCGGCUAACCAGGAAGCAGCUGGAAGUUGUGCUGAGGGAGAAGCAUGAGCUUCAGGCUCAAGUACUCCAGGCCAAUCAGGAUGUUCGAAACCUCCGACAUGAAAUUGCUGUGUUGCAGAAGCGCCUCCAGGUAGCAGAGAACCGGCUGCCAAACCUGCCUCCCCUUUGCCCACCUCCGCCGCCCCCUCUCCCCCCGCCAGCUCAGCCGCACGUCAACCCUCUCCGAGCUUUAUUGACAGUAAUCCAGAAAAGGAGGAGUGCCAAGGAUCCAAACAUCUGCCUGCUGCAGGAUGCGGGCCCACUUCCUGAAAGCCCAGAGGACGCUGACACGACCUAUAAUCACCAGUGUCCUGGGAUGAACCAGGUUUUGGAGAUGAUCCGUGGCGGUGUCUCUCUCCGACACGUCAUUCAGGUGCACAAGGUGGGGGUCCGUGCUAGAGAGCACUGCUCUGAGCCUGGAGGGAGUUGGAUGGUGCCGGAACUGCAGAAGAUCCUGAAGAAGAGGAAGGUGUCUGCAGACAAGCACGUAUCGGACGGCUCAUGUGAUGGCUCUAUGGAGGAGGACCCUGCUGCCUGUGGGCUAAGCCCUCCCACCCUGGGGACCAGCCCUGGGGCGAGCACCCAGACCCCCCCCCUGCAGGACAGUUUCACCCAGGACACCAGGGGCCCCAGCUGUGAAGUGGAUGAAGGGCCGGGAGAUGGAGAUGCAGCCAGUACCACAAGCACCCUCCCUCUCGCCUGUCCACUGGACCAGGGCCAGGUGGAUUCUCCCAAUGCUUCUCCCUGUCCAGAUGGACCUGCUCUGGACACCAGCAGUGGGCAGCCUUGGGUGGAAGGACAUGCAGAUCUGAGGACCAGCUCGGAAGGACAGGCCCUCACUGCUGACCACAGAGUUGCAGUUGACCCCACUCUACAGUCAAACUCUUCUCCAAACCUGACAGACGAAAGCGCAGUGGUCCGGUAUCUAAACUGGGAUAAGUGGAGCGGUGUAGACCUGAAGGCUGCCUUGCCCUUCAAGUCCAUCUUUAAAUCCGUUUCUUUCCUGACCAACAGCGAUGGUGGAGAGAGAGUCACCCUGCAGGCCCAGAGGAGCACUUCUCUGGAAGCCGUGCAGUCUCGCCUCAGCUGUCAGAGUUUUGGGAGCGUGGACUUUGGCAAGGGCUCUCCUGACGUUCCUGAGGAUGCGCACAGACCGUUCUCCCUGCUGCACGACAUGCUCAAACCUCCCAUAGCCUCGCAUGAAGAGCAGGCUCAUGCCGUGAUCGCCAAUGACGUCACACACGUCCUCAUUUCAGAGGCUUUAGGGGAGAGUGUAGAUGGGCCCGAGCUGGACGGCCCACUUCCUUAAAGCCCACCAGGUCUUAAGUCCCUCCUUAAUUCCUCCAGAGAGACUCUCACCCAGACCUUUUUUGACCGUCCAUGUUGACGUUCCACUUGGCAUGAAUUGGAUGCCUUUUGUUUCUUGCAGUGGUCAGUGGAGAGAGAUUCUGUUUGUAUUCAUUCUUCCACUGUCGAUGUCGGCUGCUAAUAACAGCCAAGCUAAACCUACUGACGAGCACUUCACCCUUUCCCUCCCACAGGCUGUGGUUUAAGCACGUGGCGCUCUAAUGUACCUCUGUUCUGGAGGUGUAGUGAAUCAAUAUGCUUUCUUGUCCAAUUUUACUUCCGGUUUAAUACUUUUACUUGUUUUCUGAUGGAUUUUAUAAAUGUGAAAUUGUUU